AUUCGUGCAUGCUGCUGGACUAGAAUAGAGUGGAAAGGAGCGUACGGCGGUCGCGAGGACUGUACGCUACGACGGCUAUCCAGAAGGUGGUGACUCUCCUCGACCUGAUCCGCAGGAAGACGUCGUUAAGGAUCGAGAAGUCAGUCGUACGAGAGUUACAUUUGGUGGACGAACAAGUACGUUUUCCUGCGACAACAAUUAAGAUCUCUCGUUAAUUAUUUCAUCGUAAUUUUCAUUACGAUUUGAGCGCUUAUACACAUUUUCUUAUAAAUUCUUUAAUUCGUUAAAGACACCAAAAGGAUUAACGUUACCGAGUGCCAAUAAUUGAGAGUGGAAAUAACGUGAAUAUAAAGAAAAAACGUGACGAUACUUGAGGAUUGAGGGAGAUCAGUAAUAAUAAUAAUAAUAAUAGCAAGAUUAAAAUAUUUUAUUAAUGAAAUCGGUAUAGAUUCGCGAGUGUUUUAUUCGUGUGUGAAGCACGAGAGACGUUGUUGCGUGAUAGAUGGAAUGAUGCAGUGCAGAGGAAUCUGAUUGAUCUAUAUUAAUUUAUCAUUGUCAUCCUCGAAGGAUCCAAUCGACGAGAAGAUCGAGAUGAAGGUCGUAGAGAGACUCCUCGUGACUGCUGGAAUACUAUGCGGACUUUUGGAGUACAGGAUUCUUGCUAAUCCUAUAUACUCACCACAAUUUCUACUGGGAGGAAUAGGAAGGAACAUCAGGCACUUGCCGUGUGUAUCGCGUAGGACCGGUGAGACAGGUGUAUGUAUGUUUGCCUUCACUUGUGUCAAGGCAAAUGGCACACACUUGGGUACAUGCAUCGACCGUUUCUACUUUGGAAGCUGCUGUAAGAUUAAUGAUGAGCUUGACCUAUAUCCUCAAGAUAAUACUAUCGAAGAGGGCCCCAGUAGGCCCCAUGUCACAAAUCUAACUUCCAUCGAGAGCAAUAAUAUACCUGGAUACUUCCCUAAGCCUAGGCCUAAACCAGAAAAGAAGCCAGUCCUCAUUUCUAGCACAGACAGUGUAUUGAGUAGCUCUGCUAAUCAACCAGGAACUACUCAGAACCCACAGAAGGUGGUUACAAACAGGCCCAAUGUUCCUGAUCCCACUACAGAAACUGUGGGCCUGUCCACGUUUCAAACUGUACAGAAUGUAUCUCCAGAUAGACCCUCAGUGAGACCUACAUCCAUACCGUCAGCAAAGCCUACAACAAGACCUAGUGUUAGACCUACUACUGGAACUCAACAAACUCUGACUACGUCAGGUCGACCACAAAGGCCUGUUUUCACGACCAACCACACCACUGGUAGACCAACCAGACCCAGACCUCCCAUUUCUCAAAAACCUAUUAAUGAUCAGCAUGUGACCAAGAUUCCUUCUCUGGUUUCUACGAACAAUGUCAAACCCACGACGUACAAGCCCGUCCAAGUGACAACGAGUAGACCUUCUGCAUCUACUACACAGAAAACUACUCCUGGAACGAGAUUCCCACCCAGGAAUUCGACUACUAGUAGACCUAAUCUAGCUACUACUAAGAGACCAGAUCAAACUACUCAUAAGAAACCACCUGUUGUUACUACAAGAAGACCAAUUCCCACGAGGAGGACGACUACUACAAUAAGGCCCUUGACCACUGGGUUCAUUAGACCUAAUUAUACUACUGCGCCCCCUAUAUCUUCAACGUCGAAGGUGGUGCAGGGUAGUGAAACUCCUGCAACAAGUACUGAAAGUAAUUUGUCUACUGUUGGGCCAAAGCCACCAGCUGCUACUGAGGAGGAUAUUCCGUUCGGUGGUUAUAAACCUACAAAGAAACCGACACUUCCUGUACGUAAUAAUACUACUACUAGUUCGACCAAGUCUACUACUACAGUCAGAUCUAUUAUCACUACGAUAAAGCCUCAGACGAUAAGACCCAAACCAUCCGCUAAGCCUACGAAGGCGCCUACGACUACGAGGAUUACACCAAGACCUGUGACUUCCACUACGGAGCGAGCUAAACCUGUUCUUUCUAGCAGUAAGCCUACGGCAUCAUCAACUAAACCAAGACCAUCAGAAAAACCAGGAAAACCAACAAAACCAUCUAUCAAACCUCCAGUUUACACUGUGGGUACGACUUCGACAAUGUCUUCUCCCACUUCUGCAUUAUUGUCGUCCUCAUCUGCGUCAGUUACAUUCUCACCUUUAAAUGCAUCGACUCUCACUAAUGAAAUACUUCCUGGCAAAGAACCGGAAGCUAACAAAGUCGAUACUGCUAAUGAUAUUCUACAGACGACCCAUUCACCAGGUCUUGUUACAUGGACUUCAAAUUCUGACGAGACAGCUACCAAAGUACCAAACAUUUCAUCCUCAACUUCAAGUUCAGACGAAGCAGCAGAGACGGAAUGGACACCGAUAACUACACCAGAUGGUUGGAUAAUGAUUCAGUCUCCAUCUCCUGGAAAACCAAAUGAAGAUGAUAAAUUGACAAUAAUACCAGUAACGAAACCACCAAAAAAGCCAGUAACAACGAUUAAGCCGACGACGACGACGACGGAAAGCGCUACAACAGAGCGGAUUACAACAAGACCGACUAUUCCUGCUAUGCUGUCUCCUAUCGCAACAGUUACCAUGUCUACGGAUCUUCCAGUACCCAUGGAAACUCUCAAUAUGUCCGACUACAAGCAAGUUUGUGGAAGACGAUUAUUUCCGGAAUCGAGGAUCGUCGGUGGGGAAAGAAGCUCAUUUGGAAAAUGGCCCUGGCAGAUAUCUUUAAGACAAUGGCGAACGUCUACCUAUCUGCACAAAUGUGGUGCUGCUCUUCUUAAUCAAAAUUGGGCAAUCACAGCUGCCCACUGUGUUGAAAAUGUACCACCAAGUGAUCUUCUAUUGAGAAUUGGCGAGCACGACCUCGCAAAUGAGGACGAACCAUAUGGUUAUCAAGAAAGAAGAGUUCAAAUAGUUGCUAGUCAUCCGCAAUUUGACGCGCGAACAUUUGAAUACGAUUUAGCCCUUUUACGAUUCUACGAACCACUUGAGCCAUUCCAACCAAACGCACUUCCUAUAUGUUUACCUGAUGAUGAUGAUAAUUACGUAGGACUGACAGCUUACGUCACUGGAUGGGGAAGAUUAUACGAAGAUGGCCCACUGCCGUCGGUGAUGCAGGAAGUUUCUGUACCCGUCAUUAAUAAUACCGUAUGCGAGGCCAUGUACAGGAAUGCAGGGUACAUCGAGCAUAUACCUAAUAUUUUCAUUUGUGCUGGAUGGAGAAAAGGUGGUUUCGAUUCGUGCGAGGGAGACAGUGGUGGUCCUAUGGUUAUCCAAAGACCAAGAGAUAAACGAUGGAUACUUGCAGGUGUUAUCAGUUGGGGUAUCGGCUGUGCCGAACCCAACCAACCAGGCGUUUAUACACGAAUUUCCGAAUUUCGAGAGUGGAUUAACCAAAUUUUACAAUUUUAAUAUUUAACAACGAUUUCGAGGUUAAUCCAAUCUGUCCGGCUGUCACGCUUUACGGAGACUCGUAAAAUUAAUGCUGACAGAAUAAUCGAGUCGUAGCAAGUCUCGUAACACGUCAAGUAAAUGAAUUACGCUUCCUUCCUGCGAUCAUGGAGUUAGCAGUUGAAAUUCUCACGAAUUAUAAUACUGCAAUCAUUAAUAAUCCUUGAGCAAGAAUUAAACAUAAUUUAUUCAAGGACCAAUCGGUAAUAUCUCGUAGUAGGACUGACCGAUUACAUCGGUAAAGACAAAAGAAAAAUCCUUAUGAAAAUUGGAAACCGGUGAUAACGAGAUGCUUUUUUUUUAAAAUGCGUAUGUAGAUAGAAGCGCGUGAUGAAAAUCAAUAUCCAUUAGAAUGAAUAGCGCCUUUAAUAUUUAUACGUUUAUUUAUUCACGGACAAUUGGCGAGGGCGUACUAGGCGCUAUAGGACAAAUGGCGGCGCAUUGCAUAAUAUAAGAAUGACAUUGCGAUCAGUGCCAUUACGGCCGAGUAGAUCGAAAAGAUUACAAACCACUCACAUUGAUCUCAACUCGAUGCUCCAUUGGUACGCCUGGUAAUGGCUUUCUCAAAAGUUCAGUAUAGAAAAGGAAAAAAGAAAAACAAUCACUUCGUGGUUACGUGAAAUUGGCAUUGCCGAUUCUCAAGCAAAGAUGAACUGACGAUAUAUACUGCGUAUAUAAGAAAUCUCUAAAAUUUCUAUUUAAAUUAAUUUAUAUAAAUAUAUAUUUAUAUAUAUAUAAAUAGAUAAGAUGAUAGACUUAUAAAAAUAUAUAUAUAUGUGAAAGUGUGUCUGUAAGUAUGAGUGUGUGUACGUAUCAUAAACUCAAAAUACGUAUUCGUAAUUUAUUUUCAUUAAGAUGGUACGAAAUGGGAUCUCGUGACGAUAUUUUUUUGUGUGUUCCACAUUAAAAUUCUUCAAGCCUGUAAAUACCCACAGUCCCUAUUUGUUAUUUGGUUUGCUGUGAAUUGUAUUAUCCCUUAUUAUAAAAAAAAGAUCGCACCGAUUAAAAAAAAAAUUAAGUUUUUAAUCUUUA